AUGCUGUUCAGCUGGCUUCGAUACGGGGUCUUGAACGUCAGGGUCUUUCAUUCAGUCCAGGCCGAGAGAGCUCACCUACCAGUGGUCAACCAGUCUCAUCUUCUGGCCGGUGGAUUGAUUAAGCCAAUCGCGAUUUCUGUACGCCCUGGCAGCCCAAUGCGGAAUUGGUGGAAGAGCCAAUUAGGAGUAAAAGAGUAG